AUGGCGAACGCCAGCGAGCCGGGCGGCGGUGGCGGCGAGGCGGCCACCCUGGGCAUUAAGCUGGCCACGCUGAGCCUGCUGCUGUGCGUGAGCCUAGCGGGCAACGUGCUGUUCGCGCUGCUUAUAGUGCGGGAGCGCAGCCUGCACCGCGCCCCGUACUACCUGCUGCUCGACCUAUGCCUGGCAGACGGGCUGCGUGCGCUUGCCUGCCUCCCGGCCGUCAUGCUAGCGGCGCGGCGCGCGGCGGCCGCGGCCGGGACCCCGCCGGGCGCGCUUGGCUGCAAGCUGCUCGCCUUCCUGGCCGCGCUUUUCUGCUUUCACGCCGCCUUCCUGCUGCUUGGCGUGGGCGUCACCCGCUACCUGGCCAUCGCGCACCACCGCUUCUAUGCCGAGCGCCUGGCCGGCUGGCCGUGCGCCGCCAUGCUGGUGUGCGCCGCCUGGGCGCUGGCGCUAGCUGCGGCCUUCCCGCCGGUGCUGGAUGGCGGUGGCGGCGACGAGGAGGACGCGCCGUGCGCCCUGGAGCAGCGGCCCGACGGCGCCCCCGGCGCGCUCGGCUUCCUGCUGCUGCUGGCCGCGGUCGUGGGCGCCACGCACCUCGUCUACCUCCGCCUGCUCUUCUUCAUCCACGACCGCCGCAAGAUGAGGCCCGCGCGUCUCGUUCCUGCCGUCAGCCACGACUGGACUUUCCACGGCCCCGGUGCCACCGGCCAGGCGGCCGCCAACUGGACGGCUGGCUUCGGCCGCGGCCCCACGCCUCCCGCACUUGUGGGCAUCCGGCCCGCGGGACCCGGGCGCGGCGCGCGCCGUCUACUCGUGCUCGAGGAGUUCAAGACAGAGAAGAGGCUGUGCAAGAUGUUCUACGCCAUCACGCUGCUCUUUCUGCUGCUCUGGGGUCCCUACGUCGUGGCCAGUUACCUGCGGGUCUUGGUGCGGCCCGGCGCGGUACCGCAGGCCUACUUGACGGCCUCCGUGUGGCUGACCUUCGCACAGGCCGGCAUCAACCCUGUUGUGUGCUUCCUCUUCAACAGGGAGCUGAGGGACUGCUUCAGGGCCCAGUUCCCUUGCUGCCAGAGCACCCAGGCCACACAGGCCACUCUCCCCUGCGACUUGAAAGGCAUUGGUUUGUAAGGGCUCUCCUGCCACGCACACCCCAAUCCAGCCUUUCCUUUUGUCUUGGGCACUGACGUCGUUUCUUCCCGUCUGCUCCCCUUUAAAUUGUCUAAGCUGCCUUCAAAAUGACUCAAAAUGGAUUAGCACUUGGAUUGUACA